UUUGGAUUUAAAAAUGGCUUCUGGUCGUGAUAGCAGCUCAAGUGAUGAACAAGAAACUUCUCUGUACACCAGUGAUGGGGAUAAAAGGAUUUACCAUCGCCACUCUAAUCAUCAAAUUCAAAAGCUUGAAGCGUAUUUCAAGGAGUGUCCUCAUCCAGAUGAUUUGCAGCAACGUAAAUUGGGCGAAGAACUGAAACUUAAACAAAAACAAAUCAAAUUUUGGUUUCAAAACAAAAGAACCCAAGCCAAAGUUCAAAAUGAAAAAGCAGACAAUGCAUCACUUAGAACAGAGAAUAUGAAAAUACGACGUGAGAACGAAGCAAUGCAAGAGGCCCUGAACACUGUGACUUGCCCUCCAUGUGGUGGCCCUCAUCCUGGGCAAGUAGAUCGCAAGCUCUAUUUCCAAAACCUCCGUGCACAUAAUGCAUAUCUCAGAGAAGAGCGCGACAAACUCUCAAUUUGGGUAAACAAGACCGAAGGCCAUCCAAAACCUAUUGUCAAUGCUUUAGCCUAUCUCCAUGGUCCAUCAUUGCAUGCAUCGACUUCCAACAACCCACAUGUCACAUAUGGAACCUCUUCCAACCAUCUCGUGGAGCCGCCAAGCUUGUUAAGAGAACUAUACCUUCGUGAACACAUCAGCAUCGCCCAACCGCCUCAGCCGCGACAACUGCAAUGUUCCCCGCCACUAUCCAAUAUGGAGAAAGUGAUGAUGACUGAAGCGAUGGUAGGUGCUGUGACGGAGGUUAUAAUUCUGAUUCAAACUGAAGAACCAAUGUGGAUUAAGUCGUCAAUCGAUAGUAGGCUCGUAAUUGAUCAAGAGAACUAUGAGAAAAAGUUUACUAAAAAUAGCCAUUUUAAGAUUUUAAGUGCUCGUAUUGAGUCUUCCAAGGAAGUCGCGGUGAUUCCAUUGGAUGCCAAAAACUUGGUGAACAUGCUCUUAGAUACGGAGAAAUGGGCGAAUCUUUUCUCAACAAUUGUGAACAAAGCUAAAACAAUUCACGUGCUGGAAUCCUCGAAAUUGAUGUACGAGCAACUGCACAUACUGUCGCCAUUGCUGCCACCAAGAGAGUUUAUGAUUCUAAGAUGUUGCCAACAACUGGAGGAAGAUCUCUGGGUGAUUGCUGACGUUUCUUACCAUCAAGUAGCCUUUGAGUUUGAGUUUGGGACUCCGGCUUGUUACAAACGUCCUUCCGGUUUUCUCAUUCAAGCCAUGCCCAAUGGUCACUCUAAGGUGACGUGGAUGGAGCACGUGGAAGUAAAUGAUAAAGUGCGGGCACAUCGGAUUUACAGAGACCUCUUAUGCGGCGGCUUUGGCUACGGAGCUCGCCGUUGGACCGCUACUCUUGAGAGAAUGUGUGAGAGGCUGUCUCUCUACUCUGUCCCUGACUUCCCGACGACUGACGACCCCGGAGUUGUGAAAACCAUAAAUGGAAGAAGGAGAGUCAUGGAUUUAGGAGAAAGAAUGUUGAAGAAUUUUGCAUGGAUACUAAAUAUGCCUGAAAAAUCUGAGUUUUCGCAACAGUCUGCAACAAACAGCAGCGGAGUUAAUAUUUCGGUGCGUGUAAACAAAGAAGCCGGCCAACCGCCCGGUCUCAUUGUCUGCGCUUGUUCAUCUUUAUGUCUCCCUCUUGCUCCUCUCCAAGUCUACAACUUCCUCAAAAAUCUCGAGGUUCGCCACCAGUGGGACGUUCUCUGCCAUGCGAGUCCGGUCACUGAGGUCGCUCGCUUUGUCACUGGAGCAAACAAUAAGAAUUGUGUGAAUAUCCUCCAGCCUUCAAGUGCAGCGGAUAGUGGUGACUUGAUGAUAAUACAAGACAGCUUCAUAGAUGCAUUAGGAGGUAUGGUGGUCUACGCUCCAGUGGACCUAAACACUGCACACGCUGCCGUUUCAGGCAAUGUCAAUCCUUCCGGCAUUCCAAUCCUCCCAUCCGGUUUCGUCAUCUCCCGUGACGGCCGUCCCUCCGCAACCGCUGAGCUAGGCGGUGGCCGUGACAAUUGUAAGACGCUCCUGACGGUGGCUUUCCAGAUCCUUGUCACUGGUCCGACUAUCUCUGAAGAACUCCAAAUGGAUAAAUGGACCACCACAGUCGAUACCUUGAUUAGCUCCACUAUUACAAGGGUUAAAGCCAUGCUUAACUGCCAUGAUGGACAGUGAGAGGGUUCUCAAACUAUUUGGUUCUGUUUCUUUUAUUUCAAAUAAUGCUUUGAGUGAGAAGACUAUUCUCCGAUAUGAUUCUCUAAUGAAUCAGACUCAUAUCUUUCAUUCUUUUGGUUGGUUUACAAACUUAUAAUAAUUUCUAAGG